UGAGGUGUGUGUUUUUGGUUUGAUCUUUUUCUUUAGGUUCUCUGCUUUCUACUCUCUUUCAUCCUCUCUCUUUCCACCCUCCCAGCCCACCCUCACCCCCCAGAACUCAGAUUUGCCGAGUGUCAUUUAAGAAGAGAGACCCAGGUUUGGGAGUUCUGAUUAAGUGGAGUCAGGUACUGAAGGGAGUGGUGGGUACAUCCAUAAGAUGAUUUGUUACAGGACUGGAAGGAGAAUGAAAACACUUGAGAAAUAUUCUUAUCUACCUGCCAUUGACCAGAACUUCACUGAAAGUCCCAAACCUUUGAUGUAAUAGUUUGCAUGGAAAUGUAGACUUUUUGGAGAUGUUAAAGCGGGAGAGACUUUUGCAAGAUGGAGAAAACUUAAGCUGUGCUUUGAAAGGAGUGAGAGCAAUUAGUGGGAAACUGCAAAUAGCAAACCCUGGAGGGAAGCGCUGUUUCAGGUCCCAGGUGAUCACGUCCCUCCCCAUUAAUCUCUCGUUUGUGAAUAGGACAAAGUGGCUACCAGCUGUUUUGGGUAGGAAGCAAUUUUGACUCUUUAGUUUUAGUUAUGAAAUGGGAGGACUUUGAAAGGUUCAAAAGGUGAAGUUCAUAUGGUAGAAAAGACAGGUGGGAAAGUGAGGUAUAGAACAAAAAUGGGGGCUUUGGACACCUAGAUAGUUGGGUUCAAUCUCCGUUUUCUCUCUUUGUGACAGUGAUUAAGUCAUAUCAUGUGUUCACGCCUUAGUUUUUCCAUACGUAGAUGUGGACCUAAUGCCCAUCUCUCAUAUAUAUAUAUAAAUUUAUUAAUGCGUACAAGAGCUGGGGUGCAGGCCAGAGGUGCGGGGGUGGGGUGAGAGGAUUCGCCAGACAGAGUGAGGAGCAGAACAGGCAGACUGACAUAUACACUGCUGAGAGGAGCAGUGGGUGAGACAGGAGAGGUCUGCUGUGCCAUGUAGGUCACCUCCCUGGCUGGGCAUGGAACUCAUGCUGCAGCGGCUGUGGAUAGUUUCACAGUGCUGCGUCUCAACCCUUUGUGCCACCAGGGAGGCCCCUGAAUAGAUAUUUUAAAUGCUGAAUAUUUAAUGAAGGUGCUUUGUAGAUGUUAAUACAAAUAUUAACUUGGUCCUGGGAUGGUUGAAACUGGAAUGGAGACUGGAUUGAUAAUUUCCAACUUUGUUGUAGAAGGCUGUUUCGAUAUGAUUUUGAGUGAGGCUACUAUGUAAAAUAUUUGAGCAGGGAUCAAAGGGGUCUCAGAGCCCUGCCUUCUCAGUCUCUUACAGAUCUCACCCUUACCUCUUCCCUGGAGUCCCUGAGAAGUUUUUUUGAUUAUAAUUUGAAAAACACUCAUUUCACAGGAGAGUGAGUUCCACCUGAGCAAGGUCACUUGUUGAGAAUACCACUCUUGGUGCCGAGCUGGAAUAAAACCCCAGCUCUGUCCACUUUGGACUCCUAACACUGUUCUGUGAAUUUCCAGACUGGUGGCAUGUGUACUGUUCACUUUUGUUGGCCAGAUUUAGGAAGGAACAUGGAGGAAAUUGGUGAGAGUGGUAGAAAUUUCCUCCUAGGUUUAAAGAAGGCAACUGUUGAAGAGUGUCGUACAGAGCAUGUGCAUUUGUGAUGAUACAUGUACAGGCAUUUUUAUUUAAUGUCUCCUUGGUUUUGAGGCCUCCUUUCCAGAUGCACACUGUGUAUUGCACAUGCUGUCCAUGCCACUUACAUGUCUUUGGGCUUACUGCAAUUUAAGGCAUCCAGUGUUUGUUGAUGCUGAAUCUACCAUUUAAAUAUGAGCAACUCGUUGCUCUCUGGGGUUUACGAACUGUGAAACCUACUUAAGUACUUCAUUAUUAGUACAGGACUUCUAGCUUGGGAACCGCUGAUUCAGGGUAAAGACUCCAUUAUGCUUUUUUUUUUUUUAAGAUUUAUUUUUAUUUAUUUAUGCAUACAAAAACUGGGUGCAGUCCAGAGGUGCAGGGGGUGAGAGGACCCACCAUAGAGUGGGGAACAGAACAGGUGGAUCUACUGAAAUACUCUGCUGAGGGGAGCAGCAGGUGAAACAGGAGAGGUCUGCUGCGCCAUGUGGGUUAGUUCCCUGGCUGGGGAUCGAACCCAGUCCAUCUUUUGAGGUGGGCCUUUGCAGUGGUAGCACUGAGACUAACUCCUAGGCCACCAGGGAGGUCCUGUAUAAGUUUUGCUGUAGUGGUGUAAUGCGGAAUUUUGAAGCACUAGCAUGAGAAUGAUUUGUGAUUAUUUUUGUGAUUAUUCCCUAGUAUCUAAUUGUUGAGACAUGGUUUUGAUAAUUCAUUCAGGUUAAAUAACUGGAAGAGUUGGCCGAGCCAAGAUGAAAAGUGACCCAGCACUGCCUGGGUUUUGAGAAUGCUUGAAAUGAAAUUGGAAGGAGGCAAGGGCCCAGUGAAGAAUCCGGGAAGAGAUGGGAAGGUGGGUGUGCCUGGUUUCAGGGGGUGAGGCAGUGAGGUUCUCUCCACUCUCCCCCUCACAGGUUUCCCCAGCACACUUGGGCCAGUGGUGCCAAGGCUGUCACAUUGUGGCCUCUCUCCCAUUUUCCUUCAAUUUGCAAUUUUGUUGAAAAGUCUAACAUGGAAUUAAAUUUCUUCCUGAACUGGCAAGGUGAGGUGAAGGUAGAGCAUGUUUCUAGUGACCAUGCCACUGGCCUCCCCCCAGCUAUUCCUUUGAUACUGGCUCCAGCAGUUAGUCUUUGGAGGAGAGCUAACAAGUGGUCACUGCUUUUUCUUAUCUAGCUUAUUUUUCUUAUCUAUCUUAUUCUGGUCUGUCUCCAAACUUUAAGUAGUUGCUUACGUUUACUACGGGAAAGCACAUGUAGCACUCCAGAAAUGUUCUGGGAUGGCUCCUGAGGCUGACUUAAGUUGAAAUCUGAAGAACAAGGUGCCAGCUGAGUGUUGGAUAAACCUAGGUGCUCAAGUUGAGCUUGACCAAAGGUAAGGGUGUUCAGGAGCAGCUGACAGACAGAUGAUUGAUUGAAGCUGCAUGAGCAUGAUAGGGAAGCAGGCAGGAGCCAGGUCCUACAGAAGGUUGCAGUCAUUGCAGGGAACCAUUGGAGGAUUUUAAGUUAUCAAGCAAUUUAGUCUAAGGUAGCAACAGUGGAAGCAGAAAGAUUGUUGCAUUAAGAGGAUUAUUGGCAGGGGCCUCCCCUGGUGGCACAGCGGUUGAGCGCUGGGCUGCGAAGCUGCCCGCAGCCUCUGCAGCGCCGGUUCUAUCCCCGGCCGCCAGUGAGGGUCCCACAUGGCAUGACAGACCUCUCUUGUGUCGCCUGCUGCUCCCCUCAGCAGUGUAUUUCGUUGGUCUGCCUGUUCUGUUCCCCGCUCUGGCUCUGGUGAAUUCUCUCACCCUCCCGCAUUUCUGACUGUACCCAGUGCUUGUAUAAAUAAAUAAAUAAAAUCUUUUUUUUUUUUUUUUUUUCUUAAAAAAAAGAGGAUUAUUGGCAGUUGUGUAGGCAAGUGAUGGUGGUGGCAAAUAAGUGAGUUCAGAACUGAUAAGAUUUGCUGUUGGCUUGGAUGUGAGAGCAAGGUGGUGAGAAAGAAAGGAGCUUAGAAUGACUUCUAGGUGGAUGUCAGUGGGAAAGGAAGAGGUUUGUGGAAAAGUCUAGAAUUUUGCCUUUUUGCCUUGGCUAUACUCAAGAGCAGAUGGCAAGUAACAACCAAGUAGAGGAGUCUAGAGGUCAGAGGAGAGGAUUGAGCCUGAGCUACUGUGAGAUUGCCAAGUUCCUUUUAGAGGUAUGUGCUCCUACAUUUGGGAUGUAAACAGGUGCUCCUUAGGUGACUGUUUAGCCAUGUAGAAUGACUUAGAUGCAAACACUGAAAGUGGGUGGUUGCAUACAAGCAGAGUGGGAGGUUACCAUGUCUCCAUUAUGGAGGGAGAAGAGAGUUUGGCUGAGGAUAUUUAUAAGGGAGUGAUUUUAGUAAUGGACUCUUCACCAGGACAGAUGGAUGCUGUCAUCAAGUACACUUUCUGAAACUGUCUUGCUAUGUUCCCCGUGUACUGGCUAUAGGAAGGCUAUGCAGCCAUGUAAUUCCAGAAAUGAAAGUGUGUACACUGUGCAAAUAUAGGGUGCUUCAGUGCCAGGGGAGGUAUGGAAGCUCAGCACAUAGGCUGGCACUUAGAAAUGCCCAGGAUCUUGGAGUUCAUAAGGAAUAGUUUAACCUCCCAGUGUAAAUAUCGUCUUUAGCAUCUUGAACAGACUGCCCAGACAUGAACAACUUCCACUGAUUACUUUGAAAAGCAGCAUGUGUUGGUACUGUUACCUUUCCCCCUCCAGCAGCACCUCAUUUCUGGAACUGAGGCUAGAGCUCACGUUUCCUGCGCGCUACUUCUUGCUCUUGAGGGUGUUUCCUGUUCCUGCAGCCCUUGCUGAGGUGCAUGCAGUUGCUUAACAGGCAGGUAUGACUGGGGGCUUUCUUGUCUUCAGUGAAGACUUAUUUUCAGCCAUCUACUCUAACUACUAAGAGCUUCUAAAAACUCUGGCAUCCAUAUACUACAACAUACUAGUUACCCAUCCCAGUGUUGUUUUAGCUCUAAUUUUGAUAAGUCUUUCAUCUUAUCCAAAAGGAUAUCAUGGGAGACUAAUAAGAUCCAGAUGUUUGUGUCACCAUCUAGUGACCCUAGUACAAAAGAAAAUGCAGUUUGGAUGUAAUACUCGAGUGGCCCCAAGGACACCUGAUGUUUCAGGGCUAUGAUCUCUCUGACAGCGGAUCUCCACUGCUUUUGGGAAGUGGAGAGGCAAGAGGCCAGGAGAUUGUCCACUGGAGCUGAGAUUUUUUUUUCUGCUGUCGUUCUGGGCUGGGCCUGCACUCAGCAGGAGCUGCCAGGAAAACAGGAAACCUGACAUUCCAGUACCCUACCUGUACUUCGACAUGGGGGCGGCCGUGCUGUGCGCUAGCUUCAUGUCCUUUGGAGUGAAGCGGCGCUGGUUCGCGCUGGGCGCCGCGCUGCAGCUCGCCGUUAGCACCUAUGCCGCCUACGUCGGGGGCUACGUCCACUACGGGGACUGGCUGAAGGUCCGUAUGUACUCGCGCACAGUUGCCAUCAUCGGCGGCUUUCUUGUGCUGGCCAGCGGUGCUGGGGAGCUGUACCGUCGGAAACCCCGCAGCCGCUCCCUCCAGUCCACCGGCCAGGUGUUCCUGGGCAUCUACCUCAUCUGUGUGGCCUACUCACUGCAGCACAGCAAGGAGGACCGGCUGGCGUAUCUGAACCACCUCCCGGGAGGGGAGCUGAUGAUCCAGCUGUUCUUUGUGCUGUACGGCGUCCUGGCCCUGGCCUUCCUGUCAGGCUACUACGUGACCCUGGCUGCCCAGAUCCUGGCUGUACUGCUGCCCCCGGUCAUGCUGCUCAUUGAUGGCAAUGUUGCCUACUGGCACAACACACGGCGCGUUGAGUUCUGGAACCAGAUGAAGCUGCUUGGAGAAAGUGUGGGCAUCUUCGGGGCUGCCGUCAUCCUGGCCACCGAUGGCUGAGUUGCAUCUGGCGAGAGGCUGAAAUGGGUGCAGGGAGCCACUGAGGGCCCCCCUGCCUUCCUCCUCACUGGCCCAGUUGCUGUUUAUUUAUGCUUUUUGGUCUGUUUGUUUGAUCCUUCGCUUUCUGUGUGUCUUGGUAAGGGGCAGGUCUCUUCCCCAGUUCCUGGGCUCAGCCCUUGAGGUGAGGGUGCUGAUAAUGAUGCCUUACAGGUUUUUUCCCCGUUUGUUAGGAGGGAAGCUGAAACCAGGUACUCCAGGGUCUCCUGUCUCUGAGAAGAGGGUAAGGCAGGGCUAAGGUGAGCACACUGAGAGUGGGAGAGAAAGGAAGCUCGAGAACCAGAAGUAAGCCAAUGUGGAAAAUUCCUUUGGGGACCAGGCAGAGGCAGCCAGGCCCUGCAGUGCUUUAUAGACCGGGAGUGAGGAUGUGUAUUGACUCACGUAUCAGGCCCUGGGGGAGAAGGGCCAGGCACUCCGCAAGUCAUGCGAGUUCUCAGGCUCUGCUAGGGGCAGAAACAGCACUAGCUCUCACCCACCUUGAAAGCAGAGCAGCCCCCAGUCGACUCUACUGUGUACAGGGGUGGGGGAGACAGUGGCCGGCUUCCCCCCUCCUGCUGUCUCCAUUUCCAGCUCCAGGCCUGGUGGGGGUGAGAGCCCUCCCAAACACCAGACCACACAGUCCUCCAAAAAUAAACAUUUUAUAUAGACAUUUGGCUUCGCUUCUGUGUUCUUCCCAUGGGCGCUUUGCCAUUGGGCCUGGGUUUUGAACGACCAUAUCUGGUUAAGCUCAUCUUAGUCCUCUGGUUACCUUUCCCCUGCUCUGAGGGCCCCCACAGUCCUUUGGCUCUCUCUCCAAGAAUCUGAGCCUCUCCGAAGUAUAUUUUUUUGAUCUCUCAUUCAGUCCCCCCGGUUGUUGCUUGUCUUUUCCUCCCCGUUUGGUGUCAGCUCUUUUUGAAUGAGCCUUUGGUGAGAACAACCACAGGAAGAGAAUAUUAAGUGUCCAUUAUUAGGCUGAGACUUGAGGCUCAGAGGAGGUAGCAGUUUGCCUUAAGCCACCGAGCUGGG